AUGACUACUGCUAAGUUGCUGCUCUUCCGGGCUCUUCUCGCUGGGUUUGUUCUGCAGUCCAUACUCCGGCCCGUCUCCUCCACGCUGAGGUACUCGACAUCAGAGCUACUCUUCCUGCGCUUCCAGCACCUCUCGACCUUUCCGCCGGCUUCACUGCUACACCCUGCCAUCGCCUGGCGCCCGCGUCGAAAGUAUGUCCACCGCGGAUCCAGACGGAAUUACAGGAUUGACAGCAGGAAUUCGAUACCAUCCCUGUGGUCAUCUCACCGCCGCUCCACUAGGAAGCCUGGUGGACGGACUGCUGACCCUAGUGUGCUUGCUAGCCCUGCCCGGUCGGUUUGCAAAGCUUGCGGCGACUAUCCCGUUUCCGUCGGAUUGCUUAAUGUCCGAUCCCUCUCCAACAAGGGACCUCUUGUUUAUGAUAUUCUUAAUGAUCAUAACCUGGACUUUCUAUGUCUGACGGAGACCUGGCAGCAUCCAAAUGAUUUCACCGAUCUCAACCUGACUACUCCGCCUGGAUUUGUUUACACCUGCCAGCCCCGUGUGUCGGGACGUGGGGGUGGCCUUGCGAUCCUGUACAACAGCAAGUACAAGAUAGUGGCUGCACAGGUUCAUCAUCAUCUCAUUGGAAAUAACUUGUACGAACAGUUUCAGUCUGGCUUCCGUUCAUGUCACAGUACAGAAACAGCCCUAGUAAAAAUCGCCAAUGAUCUUCUGCUUGCAGCUGAUUCUGGACUCAUCACAAAUGAUGAUGAGGUCAGGAUUGUGAUAAUGGGGAAGACUGGAACUGGAAAGAGUGCUACUGGAAACACUAUUCUGGGUUGUGAGUGCUUUGAAUCCAGAUUCAAUGCCAUGUCUAUGACUGAAGAGUGUUUAAAAGGCAAAGUUAAAGUAGAUGGACAUCGUGUUGCUGUCAUUGACACCCCGGGGCUGUUUGAUACCAGGUUUGAUAAGAAGAGAACUACUAAAAAUAUAUGCCAGUGCAUCUCCUAUGCUUCUCCAGGACCCCAUAUCUUCUUGGUGGUCGUCAGACUGGGCAGAUACACUGAAGAAGAAAAGCAGACAGUGCAAAAGAUUCAAAAAGUCUUUGGCACUGAUGCAGACAAAUACAGCAUGGUUCUCUUUACCCAUGGGGACCAACUUGAAGGCACCACUAUGGAAGAGUUCUUAGAAGGAAGCUCAGACCUGCAGGAACUCGUGGCCAGAUGUAACGGUCAGUACCACGUCUUCAAUAAUAAACUGAAGGAGCGCUCUCAGGUCACUGAGCUGAUCCAGAAGAUCAGAGAGAUAGUCCAGAAGAACGGAGGAAGCCACUACACCAACGAGAUGUUCCAAGAGGCUGAGAGGGCGAUUGAAGAGGACAAACUGCGCAUCCUGAGAGAGAAAGAAGAAGAAAUACGAGAAACAAUGGAAAAAAUGGAGAAAGAAAUACAGGAAAGAUAUGAGAAACAGAUGCAGAAAUACAACGAACAACUCCAGGCUGAGAGAGAGAGGGAGAGGAAGGAGAGAGAGAAGGAGAGGAAGAGAGAGAGGAAGAGGGAGGAGAAAGAAUGGGAGAUGAAGAAGUUAAAGGAGAAGUGUGAGAGAGAAGUGGAGGAAGAAAGACGCAAGAUUCAGUCCUGGUGUGAAAAUGAGGCCAGAGAUGAAGCUGAGGAGUUUAAUCCAUUAUAUCAUCUGAUACGAAUCAGUGAAGUAGUCGCCGAUGCUGGCAGGAGGAUUUUUGAAGAAAUCAAACAACUAGAACAGGCAAUUUUUAGCCUGUUCAAAUAA